AAAUGUUCCUCUCCCACCACAUGCUCAGCCAAUGAGAGGACCCCAAACAAUCACUUGGGCAACAUUUCCAUAUACUUUCUCUGUCUCUCUCUGAGUGUUAUCUGUUUUUACAAGUCUGUUUCCCACAGUCUGCCUGUCCCCUCCACAGCCUGGAAUCAUGCACAGCAAGGAAAAUUCAUGUUGCUGCUCAUUUGAGGACUGCAAGUUCACCACAGAGUGGCUUUUGAGCAGGACUAGACACAGGCCGAAGAUAGCCGUCGUGUGUGGCUCUGGACUCAGCCUUCUCGCAGAGACCGUCUCUAACAAGCAGGUCUUCCGCUAUGAGGACAUCCCGAAUUUCUCUGUGAGCACAGUUCCUGGGCAUGAUGGGCACCUUGUGUUUGGCCAUGUAAAAGACAAGUCCUGUGUCUUCAUGCAGGGGAGGUUCCAUCUAUAUGAGGGCUAUUCGUUGUGCAAGGUCACGUUCCCUGUGCGGAUCUUCAAGCUGAUGGGAGUGGAGACUAUUAUAGUAACAAAUGCCUCGGGAGGCCUCUGUCAGGACUUCAAAGUGGGAGACAUUAUGAUCAUCAAGGACCACAUUAACUUGCCAGGGUUUGCUGGACAGCAUCCACUGUGUGGGCCCAAUGAUGAACGCUUUGGGAUCCGGUUCCCCUGCAUGUCUGACGCUUACAGUAAAGACCUGAGGAAGCUCGCCCUGGACAUCAGCGCUGAGCUGGGCUACUCCAACUUUGUGCGAGAGGGAGUUUACUGCAUGGUCAGUGGGCCCAACUUUGAGACAAUUGCUGAGGCACGCAUGCUGCAUAUUCUGGGCAGUGACUCUGUAGGCAUGAGCACAGUACCUGAGGUGACAGUGGCCAAGCACUGUGGCCUGCGGGUCCUCGGCCUCUCACUCAUCACCAACAAAGUGUCCCUGGACUACAGCCGCGAGGAGAAGGUCAAUCAUGAGGAGGUGCUGCACAUCAGCAAGAUGAGGGCUGAGAUGUUACAGAAGGUGCUCAACACCUUCAUCGCUCGCUCCCACCAGGUGGAGGCCAUCAACAGCAAUUAGACACCAGCCCACCAUCAUGAGCUUCCAGACUGGCACAUUAUUAUCUGCGCUGUUGUGACAUAACCUCCAGAAUCUACAGUUGUAUGUAAAAGUUUGGGCUCCCUCAGUCAAAUUAUAUGUUUUGUUGAUCGUCUAAGUGAAAACAGGUUAACACAUCUUCUAGAGAGAACAAAAAAAUGUGCCAUUUCUCUGCUCAUUUUAGUGCACAAUUUCUAUUUAUUUGCUGACAUAUUAGAAAAAACAAAACAAAAUAUAAAAUAGGCCAUAACUUUUGCACAGGCCACUUUUUAUGUUUCUUUUUUUCCAAAUAUGUUAAAUCCAGCAAAUAAACAGUAACUGUGCAUCAAAAAGUGUGUUAACUUAUUCUCACUUUGAAAAUCAACAAGAUAUUUAACUAGGGGUGGAAUACUUCUGCAUCACUAAAAUGGUAAUUUCAUAGGAAAAGGAAAUAACAUUCUUAACUUUAACAACAUGUAUAAUUUUUUAUUCCAAGAAAUUCAUCAUACAAUGUCCACACGAUAUAAAAGGCAUCUGAUGUUUUCAAAAUGCUGUAAACAAUUUAAAAACAAAACAAAUAAGAUAAAGAGUUACACAGUUCUGAUACAGCAAUGAUGAUUUGUUUGUAGAGAAUGUAAUUAAGGCCUUUUUGAUUCAUGCUGUAAAUACUGACAUGUUCAGGGCGGCUCUCCCAUUGUAAAUAAAAAAGUGAAAAAACUGUGCAAACUCAA